UGACAUUCCAUCCGAAUUUGAAUAAAAAACAAAAGAAAAGAAAGGUGACAUGGCAAAGUGAUAAUAAUAGCUUUCUUCUCCGUCUCAAUUCAUCUCUUCUCUGAGUCUCAACCUAAUUCCCCAAUCAAUCAUCUUUACGUGUUUGUUCGAGACCAUGGCCAAAAGCCCCUUCAAGCUUGAACAUCCCUUGGAAAGAAGGCAGGCUGAGUCUGCUCGCAUUAGAGACAAGUAUCCUGAUAGAAUACCUGUGAUUGUUGAGAAAGCUGAAAGAAGUGACAUCCCAGACAUCGAUAAGAAGAAGUACCUUGUCCCAGCAGAUUUGACUGUUGGCCAAUUUGUUUAUGUUGUCCGUAAAAGGAUUAAGGUCAGUGCAGAGAAGGCUAUUUUUGUUUUUGUCAAUAACACUCUACCUCCAACUGCCGCUUUGAUGUCUUCUAUUUAUGAGGAAAAUAAAGACGAUGAUGGUUUUCUUUACAUGACUUACAGUGGAGAGAACACUUUCGGUUCUCGCUAGGGUCAAAUUUAAUAAUAUAUGAGAUCCUCUGUAAAUAGAUGCUGCAAGAUGUAAACUUUCUGCUGUCGAUAGUCGAUGCCUAUCCUGUUUAUUGCUUAUGGUUUACGUAUCUAUUGAGCAGAUAUUUUGCUGCUUUGAUUAUGUGCAUUCUCUUCAAAUUAUGGAUUUCAAUAUAUGAAUUUAGAUUUUAUGCUCUCA